CCUCAUGCCCCUGGUGGGCCUGUUCUUCGCCUGCUGCCGCUGUUGCGGUAAUUGUGGGGGCCGCAUGUACCAGGAACAGACCAAAUCAAUCAACUGCCGACGCAGAGGACUUUACUGGGCGUUGCUGGUCAUUACCAUCAUAACACUGGCAGGGAAUAUUUGCUUGUUUAGGAGCAACCAAUCCCUGGCCUUCAGUGUGCGGUACAGCAUGAUGCAGUCCGACAGCACGUUAGACAACCUGCAGACCUACCUCGCAGCUGUCCCACAGGAAGUUGACGUGGUAGUGGAUAAGAGCAUCCUGACUGUGAAUGAGGUUAGGAACAGACUGGAUGAUAUCGGUCACUUGCUUGGUGAAGACCUCAAAAAAGCCCUGGGGAGUUCCUUGAAUCCUGCUCUGGAUUCUGUCCGAAAUUUUUCCCAAGUGGUGAACCGUACGAUCCAGCUCCUGGGCCAGCUGAACUCCACUCAGCAGCAACUUCGUCCGGAGCUGGACGCGCUGGAGGCCAACCUGACUGCCACGAGAAACCGCAUCAGCAGAACCCUGAAGCUGCCGGACUGCCAGGGCUGCGAACCCAUGCAGCAGGACCUGGCCAUGCUGACGCUGGACACCCGCUUCUCAAUCCCCCAGCUCAGCGAGCUCCAGUCCGCUGCAGAUGCAGUAGAGAAGGCUGAUCUGGGGUCUAGACUGAAGGAGGGAGAAGAGUUAUUGGACGGCCUUCCUGAGAGGGUGACAAAUAAGACUAAAGACACAGUGCAGAAGGUCAAACAGCAGCUUGCAGAAAUUAAUACACAGAUUUCCCAGCUGUCUAAAGACGUCCCGCUUGAUGCUCUGGCUGACGUGUCCACCAAACUCGAGGACGUGCGAGGAUACAUCUACAAAUAUUCACCUGAGGUGAAGAUGGCAGAAAGAAAUGGCUGGAUUGUGGGCCUGAUUCUGAGCUGCCUGGUUCUGCUGGUGGUGCUGUGCAAUGUCCUUGGCCUCCUGCUGGGCCCAAUAGGCUUGAAGCCCAAAGCGGACCCCACCCACAGAUCUAGCACUGCCCACUGUGGAGGAACCUUCCUGAUGGCGGGCGUGGGGAUCAGUUUCCUGUUCUCCUGGCUCUUUAUGAUCGUGGUGCUGGUGCUCUUCCUGCUUGGGGGGAACGUGUACACAGUGGUGUGUAAACCAUGGCACAAUCAGCAGCUCCUCCAGAUCCUCGAUACUCCAGGACUCAUACCAGGGUUCCAGCUCUCGGGGACUCUGGGCCUGAAGACUAAUUUGACAAUCGCUGAAGUCUAUGAUGACUGCCGACAGAACAGUCCCCUGUGGACCACACUGAGCCUGGAGGAGAUUAUCAACCUGAACGACUUUCUCAAUGUGUCCAAGUACACGGCGGAGAUCCAGCAACUGUUCCAGCAGAAUGAAAUCACCCUGCCCGCCAUCACCCUCCUGAGCCCUGAAACCCAGGCACAGCUGCGGAGCUUCUCCAGCAGGGCCGGCAGCAUGGACUUCAGCCACGCCAAGCAGCAGCUUAACAACAUCACCAGGACAAAUCUGAACUCCACUGCUGACAAAUUGGAUAGUUUUGCUGCAAACCAGAGCAGCACCACUGUACGGGGGCAGCUGCAGCAAGAAGCUGCUGAGAUCCGGAGCAUCCAGGGCCAGUUUGAGCGCUCCGUCCUGCCUAGAGUGAGGGAUCUCAACACUACUGUCCUGCUUCUCGAAGCCAAAGCCUCAGAAGUGAAUAAAACUGUGGGUGUUGUGCUGAGUACAGUAAAUGCUGCCCAGGACUUCUUGGACAGAAAUUCUUCACAAGUUGUAAAAUCGGUAACGCAAGCAUUCCUGGAUUGCCAGAUAGGAUACGUCACAGCAUUUGCUGACUGGGCAAAUAAAACGAUCACAGGGCAGCUGGGGCGCUGUGGGCCGCUGGCAGGGGCUGUAGACGCUGUGGAGGUGAUGGUCUGCUCAUACCUGGCCGAGUCUUUGAACGCCUUCUGGUUCAGUCUGGGCUGGUGCAUGAUCUUUCUCAUCCCCAGCAUCAUCCUUUCCGUCAAACUGGCCAAAUUCUACAGGAGAAUGACGUACACGGAUGCUUUUGAGAACCACAUACUGAUGAACCACAUCCCACAAGCGUCCAUGAAGCCGUACUGAGAGGCAGGGGAAGGGGUAUUCUACGAGCCCCCUCACAACUCGCUCAUUCGUUCAUAUAUCACUAUUCAUGAAGCCUGAGGGACGGAGGACUUCCGCUGACACGUAGACUGCGCAGGCGUGUUAAACGGGCAAUGGUAGGGAAACCACGAUGCCCAAGGCCCUGAGGAAAGCGUUCAGGUCACGUUCGAGUUUGUGAAUGUGUGAGUGCUGUCAGAUGAGGCCUACCUUAGCCUUUGAAAGGUUCUGGCUGGUCGUUGCAGUCACACAUUUCAUUUAUUUUGUGUACAGUGAGAA